CCUCCAGCCCACCAGGGAACACCAGCCUUCCACUUUUAACUGCUUCUUCAUUUCAGUCCAGAGUAGAAACUAGAAGUAGUCUGACAUCUAGUGCUCUCAUAGAAUCUGAGUACGUUUCAGUCAUCAGAUGAAUGUUGUAAAUGUUUGUGUUCUCAGGACUCCAGCUCAGUGAUGGAAUGGGACCAGUUCCCAGGUGAGAAGUCCCACCAGCUGUUAGAAUCCCAGCAGAGCUACGAGACAGAGUGGGACAUGGUGAACGCUGUGUCCUUCAAGAAGAAGAGCUGCACCAACGGAGAAGGCACUCUGAACCACAGCCAUGAGAGGAGCCGGGGGGCAUUCAGCUUCGCUCUGAGUGACCUCAGGUCCAUCACCAUGAAGGAAGAGGGUUGGACCUUCCUGGUCCUGAAACUGAAGGAGUCCUGCUCCUACCUACCUGCUCUGCACUUCCACCAGGGCGGCAGCAGAGAGUUCCUGGAGAGCCUGAGGAGGUUUGCUCUGCUCAGCGAAUCUCCAGAGGAUGACUCGUCUACUGGACUGGCCCAACCCAUCCCUCCCCAUCCCUUGGCCCCAGCAGCCCCUCGACCUCUUUUCCUUCUCCCCAAGGCCGACGGCGUCGUCAGAGGAACCAAAGGCCCCCUGGCCACCUGA